AUGUGCCUACAGGGAUCCCAUUGUUUAAUCAUCCUCCCGUGCCCUUUGCAUCCCAAUAAACGCAGGCUGUACCAGAAGCCAAUGCCCAAGACAAACUGUGCACCAACAUUUUUAAAAUUGGACCCCGCCUUUGCCAGGAGCGGGACUUGUUCACGGACUCCUAAUACUCACUCUCUCUUCCCCCCCGACCUUCCCCCGACGAGCGCGCACUGGAUUCAGCCCCAGUCCCUCACUCCGCGCCCGUAG